AUGAACCACGAAGGGCAGAAGCAGGUGCACAAGCUCAGUGGCGAGGAGAUUGCGAAGCAUAACAGUCGGGAGGAUUGCUGGGUCAUCAUCCACGGCAAGGCAUACGAUGUCACAGAGUGUACGUUUCCGUCUUGUCGUCACCCGCGCGCACGCGUUUGGAAAGCUCACUCGCUGAUGAAUCCAUCGUACACCAGUCUUGCCAGAACACCCCGGCGGCCCCAAGGUCAUCCUCAAAUACGCCGGCAAAGAUGCCACCGAGGAAUACGAACCGAUCCACCCCCCGGACACGCUCGACAAGUUUCUGGACCAGAGCAAGCAUUUGGGCGAGGUGAAUAUGGAAACGGUGGAGAAGGAAGAGAAAGAGGUGGAUCCGGCGGAGAUUGAGAGACAGGAGAGGAUCAAGCAUAUGCCCAUCUUGGAGCAGUGUUAUAACUUGAUGGACUUUGAGGCUGUUGCCAGGAGGGUGAUGAAGAAGACUGCUUGGGCUUAUUACUCGAGUGGUGCGGAUGAUGAGAUUGUGAGUUUGUGGGAACGAAGAUACUGGGUCGAGGGAUGCUUACAGGUGAUGGCAGACGAUGCGAGAAAAUCACAGCGCCUUCCACAAGAUCUGGUUCCGGCCUCGAAUCUUGCAGAACGUGGAGGAAAUCGACCUCUCGAGUACCAUGCUCGGCACCAAGGUCUCCAUUCCUUUCUACGUGACCGCUACCGCUUUGGGGAAACUCGGAAACCCAGAGGGCGAAGUCGUCCUGACCCGCGGUGCACGGAAACACAAUGUCAUCCAGAUGAUCCCGACUCUGGCUUCUUGCUCGUUCGACGAGAUCGUGGACGCAAAGGAAGGCGACCAGGUGCAAUGGCUCCAGCUGUACGUCAACAAGAACCGCGACAUCACCAAGCGAAUCGUGGAACAUGCGGAAAAGCGCGGCUGUAAGGGUCUCUUCAUUACCGUGGAUGCUCCCCAGCUGGGACGCCGGGAGAAAGACAUGCGAUCCAAGUUCUCCGACGUGGGGUCCAAUGUGCAGAAUACCGGUGGUGACAACGUGGAUCGCUCUCAAGGCGCCGCAAGGGCUAUCUCCUCCUUCAUUGACCCGGCAUUACAGUGGAGCGAUAUUCCGUGGUUCUUGUCUAUUACCAAAAUGCCAAUCAUACUCAAGGGCGUGCAGCGCGUGGAAGACGUGAUCCAAGCCAUCUCCUACGGCGUCCACGGCGUGGUCCUCUCCAACCACGGCGGUCGACAGCUGGAUUUCGCCCGCUCCGGAGUCGAAGUCCUCGCAGAAGUCAUGCCGGAACUCCGCCGUCUCGGCCUUGACAAGAAGAUCGAAAUCUACAUCGACGGAGGCAUCCGUCGCGCGACGGACAUCAUCAAGGCACUCUGCCUGGGCGCCAAAGGUGUCGGGAUCGGACGUCCAUUCUUGUACGCCAUGAGUGCGUACGGCCUCCCCGGGGUGGAUCGGGCGAUGCAGUUGUUGAAGGACGAGAUGGAAAUGAACAUGCGGCUGAUUGGGUGUAGUAAUGUUGACCAGCUGGGGCCGGAGUUUGUGGAUACGAGGGCGUUGAGUAUGCAUUCCACCAUCGUGCCGAGUGAUGAGCGGAGUCUGGCGGUUUAUGAUGUUAUGGCUGGGCCGAGGAGUGCGGAGUGGGAGAGGAGUGUGAAUGCGAAGCUUUAG